ACUACAGCUAUUAACAGAAAAACAAGCAGAAUACAGGAUGAAGACAGUUAAUUGCUAUGUGCUGUUACUUUGUUGGAAAGCAACUUGCUGUAAUAUCUGUGAGCUGUCCAAUAUCACCAUAGCAGUGGAGAAGGAGGAGUGUGAGUUCUGCAUUACUGUGAAUGCCACUUGGUGCUCUGGAUACUGCUUCACAAGGGAUCCAAUAUAUAAGUAUCCUCCAGUGUCAUCUGUUCAGCAAACUUGUACUUUCAAGGAGCUUGUGUAUGAAACAGUGAAGAUCCCUGGAUGUGGUGACCAUGCUGAAUCAUUUUAUUCAUACCCAGUGGCUACAGAAUGCCACUGUGAAACAUGUGAUACGGACAGCACUGACUGUACUGUGAGAGGCUUAGGCCCAAGCUACUGCUCCUUCAGUCAAAAUCAAAGCAAAGAAUGAGAGUGGUGCUUUCUUCAGGCUGAACAGGAGUGUCUCUUAGGGCAGGAACUAUACAAAGUGAUUCCUCAUUGAAAUCCAGAAGGUACCAGCUGCUUGAAUGAGGAAUGGUAGAGAGAGAUGAGUGUUUAACCAUUGUUUUACACGCUCCUAUUCUUGCACUCAGGAAGUGGAGUAUGCUACAGAGCUGUCAUGGCAGCAUGUGCUACACAGGCAUACAUUUAACUUUCAAUACAAAAUAUAAAUGGCUGUACUGUUUGUUGGAACUGUGAAGAAAAUCAUGAAAUAAAGACUGAACACUUAA